AUGAGUGCUGCCUUCGCAAGGAGUGCUGCCUUCGCAAGGAGUGCUGCCUUCGCAAGGAGUGCUGCCUUCGCAAGGAGUGCUGCCUUCGCAACGAGGGCUGCCUUUGUAGGGAGUGCUGUCUUCAUAAGGGGUUUUGCCUUCGCCAGGACUGCUGCCUUUGCAAGGAGUGCUGCCUUCGCAAGGAGAAAUGCCUUCGCAAGGAGUGCUGCCUUCGCAAGGAGUGCAGCCUUCGCACGUAGUGCUGCCUUCCCACGGAGUGCUGCCUUUGCACAGAGAUCUGCAUUCGCAGGGUGUGGUGCCUUCGCAAGGUGUGCUGCCUUCGGUAGGAGUGCUGCCUUCAAAAGGAGUGCUGCCUUCGCAAGGAGUACUGCCUUCGAAAGGAGUGCUGCCUUCGCAAGGAGGCCUGCCUUCGAGAGGAGGGCUGCCUUCGAGAGGAGGGCUGCCUUCGCAGGGAGUGCUGCCUUCGCAAGGGGUAAUGCAUUUUCAAGUAGUGCUGCCUUCUCAGGGAGUACUGCCUUUGCAACGAGUGCUGCCUCCCAAAGAGUGCUGCCAUCACAAGGAGUGCUGCCUUCGCAAGGAGUGCUGCCUUCGCAAGGAGUGCUGCCUUCGCAAGGAGUGCUGCCUUCGCAAGGAGUGCUGCCUUCGCAAGGAGUGCUGCCUUCGCAAGGAGUGCUGCCUUCGCAAGGAGUGCUGCCUUCGCAAGGAGUGCUCCCUUCGCAAUGA